AAAAUACAGCAGCUCUCAGAAGGCUCCAUGUUUGGCCAUGGCCUGAAGCACCUUUUCCACAGUCGCCGCAGGUCGCGGGAACGGGAGCACCAGAACUCCCAGGACUCUCUGUCGCAGCACUACGGGAUGUCUGACCACGACUCCCCUGAUGAGAAGGAACGCUCGCCAGAGAUGCACCGUGUCUCCUACGCCAUGUCCCUCCACGACCUUCCUGUACGCCCCACUGCCUUCAACAGGGUGCUGCAGCAGAUCCGCUCCCGCCCAUCCAUCAAGAGAGGGAGCAGCUUGCACAGCGGCAGCCGCCGGAGCAAAAGCAGCUCCCUUGAUCCCCAGAAAGGCAGCCCACAUCUGGUCCGGAAGGCUCCCCAGGAUAGUAGCCUCACAGCCAUACUGCAUCAGCACCAGGGCCGGCCAAGGUCUUCAUCUGCCACAGACACCGCCAUCUUGCUGGCUGAAAGUGGGGCUGUGUACCUCCUCCCGGAGGAGUCGGAGUGCCUCGCCGACAAGCUGGACAAAGGGGACGUGAGCACGCUUAGCCUGCCUUCCAACGCCAGCCAUGGCGACGCCGACGUCAGCAACAUCUGCUUGGAUGUCCCAGAUGGCGCCCCAGACCCGCACAGGACGAAAGCCGCCAUCGACCACCUGCACCAGAAAAUCCUCAAGAUCACCGAGCAGAUCAAGAUUGAGCAGGAGGCUCGGGACGACAACGUAGCCGAGUACCUGAAGCUGGCCAACAACGCUGACAGGCAGCAGGCCUCCCGCAUCAAGCAAGUCUUUGAGAAGAAGAACCAGAAGUCGGCCCAGACCAUCGCCCAGCUCCAUAAGAAGCUUGAGCACUACCACAAGAAGCUAAAGGAGAUUGAACAGAACGGGCUCUCCCGACAGCCCAAGGAUGUCUUCCGGGACAUGCACCAGGGCCUCAAGGAUGUGGGGGCCAACGUCCGGUCCAGCAUCAGCGGCUUCGGAGGCGGGGUAGUGGAAGGCGUCAAGGGAAGCCUGUCGGGUUUGUCCCAGGCCACCCACACGGCUGUGGUCUCCAAGCCCCGGGAGUUCGCCAGCCUGAUCCGGAACAAGUUUGGCAGCGCCGACAACAUCGCCCACCUGAAGGACACUCUGGAUGACGGGCACCCCGAGGAGGCCUCGAGGACUCUGAGCGGCAGCGCCACCCUGGUGUCCAGCCCCAAGUACGGCAGCGACGACGAGUGCUCCAGCGCCACCUCAGGAUCUGCGGCGGGCAGCAACUCAGGGGCAGGGCCCGGCGGCUUGGGGAGCCCCAAGUCCAAUACCCUGGACAGUCACCACAAUAACUUUGACACCAUCCUGGAGGAGCUCCGGGAGAUUAAGGACAGUCAGUCGCACCUGGAGGACUCGAUGGAAGAUCUCAAGGCGCAGCUGCAGAGGGACUAUACCUACAUGACGCAGUGCUUGCAAGAGGAGCGGUACAGAUACGAACGCCUGGAAGAGCAGUUGAAUGACCUGACGGAGCUCCACCAGAAUGAAAUGACCAACCUAAAGCAAGAGCUAGCCAGCAUGGAGGAGAAGGUGGCCUAUCAGUCCUAUGAGAGGGCCAGGGACAUCCAGGAAGCGGUAGAGUCGUGCCUCACCCGCGUCACCAAGCUGGAGCUCCAGCAGCAGCAGCAGCAGGUGGUGCAGCUGGAAGGGGUGGAGAACGCCAAUGCCCGGGCCCUGCUGGGCAAAUUCAUCAACGUCAUCCUGGCCCUCAUGGCGGUGCUGCUCGUCUUCGUCUCCACCAUCGCCAACUUCAUCACGCCCCUCAUGAAGACCCGCAUGCGCAUCCUCAGCACCGCCCUGCUGUUCCUCUUCCUCCUCUUCCUCUGGAAGCACUGGGACUCCAUCACUUAUUUCCUGGAGCAUGUGUUGCUCCCCAGCUGAUUCCCUGGGGCAGGAUUCCAUUUUCCUACUGAGAAAACAGGAAAGGGAGGGGGGAGAAACUGGAGCCUUCCAUAAAAUGUCUUCAUUCAUUCAGUUCAGUCUGGUUUCCCACCCCCUGCACCCAUCCGUGUUCACAUCCAGCAUCCUUAUUGUGGCCAGGAGCAUGGGCUGUUGAGCCACGAUUGUUCACUCCUCCGUGAAGCCCUGGAAGGUGAGGAUGGGGAGAGCGAUGGAGAGUUUGGAAGAAGCCUGUAACUGACAUGUUUUUUUUUUUUUUUAAAUGACAUGAUCGUGAUAGUCUCUGGGCACGAGGCUUUCUUUACAUGCCAGCCGCCACCGGGACUGGAAUUUAAAAGCUUUGUAUCCAGAGCUGAGUUUGCCUUCGAACCCAGCCACUGGGAAACUUUCUCUAGAGAGAGGAGAGGUUUUUUCUUAAAGACAAGGCUGGCGAAAAGCUCAUACCUGGGAUGCAAUAAAGAAAUCAAUAGCAAGAGGAAGAAGUGGAGCUCAAGUGAAUAUUCUAAUGUUUCUGCUCCCAGGAGAGCUUGCAUAUUUGAUGAAGCAGAAUGUACACAUCACACCAGCUUCUCCAGACCAGAUGCACGUGCAUUCCCAUUGUUACCAAACAGCUGACAAGCCGGAUGCAGAAUUGGGGUUGCUAUUUAUUUAUUAGGAUGGCGUCCUUUGCACAGCUGAUCAUUGGCGUGUGGCCAGCGGAUACCAGUUCGGGUUCCGAUCAGAAAACUCGUACACUUCUGGCACAGGUGAAACACAUUGUGUUGGCUUUUGUUUUUUUCUCCUUUGGCUUUCGUUUGAUCUCUUCAGGGACACGUGGACCUUCCAACAUCGCACCUAUGAAAUUUACGAUCUACGCAAAGCGUUGUGCGCAUGUUUUAAUUUAUUUCGAGGUUCUGUUUCCAUUUGUGAAUCAAGCGUGGGGGUAAAAUGCAGCUGCUAUCACAGCCUCCAUGUCUCUAAAGAAGACAGAGCAUGUUGUCUCAAAAGUUUCUUGAAUGGUUUCAUAUUUAUGUGCGUGUGUGUAUGUAUACACACAUACAAUCACAUCCUCUCCUGUUGCAAUUGGGUUUAGCUCCAGUGACUUCAGUGGAGCUGCGCCAGUUUACAGUCAAAGAAUUUGGCCAUUCGUCUCUUUGAAGUUCAUUCCUGCUUUCCUGACACAGCCAGAACUUCCACGGAUGCUUGUGGUGUACUAAAGAAGUCAGUGGAUGUGGUGGGUGUGGCACGGAAUGCAGGAUUGAGUGCUUGGAAGGAGGGGUUGUCAUA